AUGGCAAGGUUGGCAACCAACGGACCAUCGUUGUCCCUUGCCGAUAAAACUCUAAUUAACUUUAAAAGUGAAUUCAGAGAUUCCCUUCCACUUCUGAGUGUCCUACAUGCCAAUGAGUUUGAAGGAGAGUUCAUAGACCCAGAAGAUAUUGCAGAAGUAAAUUUCUAUAAGGGGGCACCACCUCAGUGGUUGAACUUUAAAAUUGCUGAGGAGAAGCCAAAUGACACGGACUGUUCUUCCGUCAAACGAGACGGAUAUGAAAAACUCAGGAACCAAAUUCAGAAAAAGAGAAGAGGGCAACUAACUUCAACUGUAAAAUUACACCACCAACCAGGGAGCGGAGGAACCACACUGGCUAUGCAGGUCCUGUGGGACUUGAGAAAAACCUUCAGGAGCGCUGUUUUAACAGGCUCCACCUCAAAUCUCACUGCUGUCGCAAACCAAGUGAUCUACCUUUUCACAGCAGGUAACAGAGACCAUCAAAACACAGUACUUCUGUUACUAGAUGAUGAGGAGAUUUUGGACAGCCUGCAAGAUGAAAUUAAGGCAUUGAUUGCUGAAAAACAGAAAGUUCCCAAGAUGCCAGUAGUCAUCUUACUCAACUGUGUGAGAAAGGCUGAAGUUCGGGAAACAGACGGUGUGGUCCUCAGACAACAACUCUCAAAGAAUGAGAGAGAAAAAUUUGAUAAAAAAAGGAUACAACUCAGCGAGAGGUUCAAAGAAAAGUUCAAACAAUUCCAUGGCUUUAAUAUACUGCAAUCCAAUUUCUCCCAAGAAUAUGUUCAAGAGGCAUGUGCUGUGUUUAAAGGAGUCAGAAAAAAAAGGAAACCCCGGAAAUUACAGCUUGUUGCGUUCCUGUCUCUGUUGAACACCUAUGAACCAGGCUCGUAUCUAUUGGAAUCUCAGUGCAGGGAGUUCCUCAAAAAGCGAGAUCCUUUCCUUGAAGUCCCUUCAUUAGAGGAGAAAAUGGGACGCUUUAGUCAUCUCAUAAUCACCUCAAUCAACCAUCCACACCAUGAGAAAAUUGUCCGCAUGGCACAUCCCAUGAUAGCACAGCAAUCCACUGAGUUCCUCGCCAAGGCUGGAGUGACCAGAAAUGACACAGCAAGAGAUCUCAUGACUGAUUUGUGCAAGAAUGAGUUUCCCCAAUAUUUGCAGGAUUUUGUCAGGCAUAUGCUCACCAAAAGGAUGAAGACAACAGAGGAGCAUCAAGAUAGGUUUUCUAGCUUAAUUCAAGACAUUAAUAAGAUGGAGGGCAAUAAUAUGAGUGCAUCUGUUUUAAAGGUUGCAUCAAAGACAUUUGUCCAAAACCCCUUUUUCCCUCAGGCCCUUGCUCGACUUUAUUACUUACAAAUAAAAGAUUAUAACAAAGGAGAACAUUGGGCAAAAAAAGCAAAAGAACGAGAUCCCAGAAAUUCUUUUAUUGCUGAUACACUGGGACAGGUUCAUAAGAACCGCUUACAAACCAAUGCAAAGGACAUCACGCCCAGAGAAAUGUUACGAAUUGCCAAAAUGGCAUUUGACACUUUCAAAUAUGAAGAAAAACUUGCUGAAAAUGAACAAGGGCCAGACAUGCAAGGACACGGUGUGAAUAAGGUCUCGCAUUUUUACAACAACAGAGGGAUUUUUGGUUACCUGACGGUUGCCAACUUGCUCUUUAACUCACUCCUGGACAAGAAUGUUAUCUGGAGAGGGAUUCUCACCAAAAAAAAGGCCAUGGAGUCCAUCCUUGUAUCACUUAGAGAUGGUAAACUCAUGAGGUACAAAGAUCUAUUAACCAAUCUCAGAGAAGAGGUAGAGAGAAAAUGUGCUUUCUUUGAUAGAUAUUUCGCUUACUCAAAGCCUAAAAUUCAAAAAGAUGACCCAUCAUUCGUUGCGACGGAUGUCUCAAAAUGCUACCAAAGAUAUGUUGGAACCUCCCCACCCAAUCAUGAAAAACAAAAGGCUGAUGAAGUCAUUCAAAAACUCAAGCAACAAAUGGCUUGCACUUUUCCUGGAGUGCUAUCCUGUCCUGGCAGAAAUUACAAUGAAAUUCAGCUCAAAGAAAUAACUACAUGUUUGAGAGAACUCUAUGACAGUGGAGAUACCAUUAAAGAUGCCGAUAUCUACCUGCUUGCAAACAUCAUGUUAUAUAAUCUAGAAGGAGAUCUGGUCUUACCUUCGGAUUGCCAAUAUUUAGUGGAGAUGUUGGAGGGGGAAAUGCCGCUGAGCCCCAGGAACAGCCCUGAGCAAUACAUGCUAACUCUCCUCAUGUUCUGGACUAGAAAAACAGGGGAACAAAGGUUCUUUGACUUCAGUGAAUACAUUCGACAAAUGCGCUGUGCCUUUGAACAUUUGUAUGAGAAGCACUUGCGGUCGAGGUACCUGUGCCCGCUGUUUUUCCUUGGAAAAGGUGAAGGUCUGAACAGAAUUGUUCACAGAAGCAUUCUUGAAAGAGUUUUUUGCAAUGAACCUGAAAAGCUACAGCUGUCAAAAAUAUGGAGUAAUGAGGAGAUCUUUCAGGAUCUCAAAGUUCAAAAACGCCUUUUCAAAGUUCAGGGAGUGCUCCGAAACUGCAAAGUGUAUGUCUUAAUUGGGGACCAAGAGAUUGAGGUGGAGGUCCACCAGCUAAGAAAAUGGAAACCAGGUCAAGUUUCCUUUUACCUUGGAUUCAACAUCAGAGGUCCUUUAGCCUUCAGCAUCCAAGCAAACUGUGAAACUUGUGACCAUGUUAAGGACUCUGGUGAAUGGACUGAACUUGAACCCACGAUUACUGCAGACGAUGAGGUUCCAACCUAUAGUCUACAGUCAAAAGAAGGCCGAUACCAAUGCAGUGUGUCUGCCCUGCGCUGGGUUUGUCGGGAAAGUGUCCACAUCCAGUACCAGUUUGGUUCCUGGCAAGAACACAUGGAAAGGCUGAAGCUCAAGCAGUAUUUACCUGGUGGCCCCCUGUUGGACAUCACAAUCAUUGCUGGAAAGCUUGAUGAAGCACAUCUUCCACACUUUGUCUGUAAGGGUGACAAUUCUCUGGAGUCAGACGCGUUAACAGUUGCAAAAAUUGAUACCAGUGGAGAUUUUGUGGAACUAGCAUCAAAGGUCACAAAAUACCAUGUUGAACUACAAAAGCCAGUCUUCUCUCCAAUGGGGGUCUUGAUUAGAGCUGGCCUAUCAGUGAAAUUGCACUGCAAUGUGUUAAUUUAUCAGACCGACACAGUGCCCCGCACCUUACGUGUCUAUCUGAUUCCAUGCGAUCCUGCUACAGAACAGGCAGUGGAGAAAGAGGAGUCUGGCAGAUCUUGGAGAAUCCAAAAGCCAAAACCAGCUACGUCUCUUCAAAUGAAUGAUUGGUUCAGUCUCGAAGCAGAUGACACGUGGGCCAACAUUUCCCCCUCUAAAUUACAGCUGAGGCCUACAUAUGAAAGCAGCACAACAAAUUUAUUCGUUGUGUCUCAGCAUGUGGACACUGAUAUCUUUCUAACGUUAGAAUGUGAGCAAAAGAAAGGAAACUGGAGAAACAUAGUAUGGGCCCGCAAGAUGUAACAGAGGCCCACUCUGACCAAGAAAAUGAAGCCACUUUGUGAAUCUCGAUAGGACAGUGCUGAUUGAAAAAGUGAGGCAGCCACAACCCAUACUGGACAGACUUUUCAGCUGUGGCAUCUACAGAUGAGGCCUAUUUGGAAGUGAGUGGAAGAAGAACUCCCCAAAUCCAAAUGAGGUGGUUUUUCAAGGUCCUAGGCCUGCGGACUGGAAAGGAAAAAGUGUUUUCUACAGCAUCCUGAAGAAACGGCAUCCAUAUUUAGUCAGUGAACUGAAGGACUAUAUUUGGAUGGUGAGAAGCUUCAGCCUCCACCACCACUAGCUGACUGAAUAUUAGCUGCUAUUGCUAAUGUCGUUAUAGCAGCACUCAUGAGAAAUGUUAUGACAGGAUUAACACUACCUAUUUCUAACUGAAGAUAGAAAGUCAUUUUGAUAUAAUCCAGAUACAGUUUUAUUUGAUGAAGUUUUAGAAUUAUCUUGUACGUUUUACAUUUAAUCAUGGUAAGAGGAUAAAAUACUCAGCGGGACACAAAAAUCUUAAAAGAAAUGACAAUGACAAGUUAUCCUUGUUUUCAUAUUUUUUCUAUAUUUUGAUUUACUACUGUUUAACAAUUUUUUCCAUUUUCUUCUUGCUUAUACAUGUCUUUAUUUUACUGACCAGUUUAACGCUGGGAAGCAUGUGCCAAGCAAAUACAAUGCAAAUGUACAGGGAGACACACCUUAGACAGAAACCAGUUUGACAGUGUCCUAAUAAAAUAAACCAUUGAACAAGGGCAUGAGGAGUUUCACUCGGAAUGAAUGUAGUCGACACAAUACAUUUUGAAAUGCUUCAUGGUGGGUGAUUGUGAAAAAAAUGUCCCCUCUUUUUCUCCCCAAUUGUAUUUUACUUAAUAAAAUGAGUUUACUUAAUAAAA